GGCCAGCCUCCGGUCACGUGACGGCGGCGCAGGUGUGCACCGCUUCCGGGGUCGGGCGCCUGGAUCGCAGCCGGCUCCCGCUUCCACUCGAUCCGGUGCGCGGGAGACUAUGGCGUCCUCUUCGGUCCCGCCAACCACCGCACCAUCGGCAACAGGGAGCUCCGGCCCAGGAUUUGGCUUCGCCUCCAAAACCAAGAAGAAGCAUUUCGUGCAGCAGAAGGUGAAGGUGUUCCGGGCGGCCGACCCGCUGGUGGGCGUGUUCCUGUGGGGCGUAGCCCACUCGAUAAAUGAGCUCAGCCAGGUGCCUCCCCCAGUGAUGCUGCUGCCAGAUGACUUUAAGGCCAGCUCCAAGAUCAAGGUCAACAAUCACCUUUUCCAUAGAGAAAAUCUGCCCAGUCAUUUCAAGUUUAAAGAGUAUUGUCCCCAAGUCUUCAGGAACCUCCGUGAUCGAUUUGGCAUUGAUGACCAGGAUUACUUGGUAUCCCUUACCCGAAGCCCCCCAAGUGAAAGUGAAGGCAGUGAUGGCCGAUUCCUUAUCUCCUAUGACCGGACUCUGGUCAUCAAGGAAGUAUCCAGUGAGGACAUUGCUGACAUGCAUAGUAACCUGUCCAACUACCACCAGUACAUUGUGAAGUGCCAUGGCAAUACACUACUGCCCCAGUUCCUGGGGAUGUACCGAGUCAGUGUGGAGAAUGAAGAUAGCUACAUGCUCGUGAUGCGUAAUAUGUUUAGCCACAGGCUUCCUGUGCACAGAAAGUAUGAUCUCAAGGGUUCUCUAGUGUCCCGGGAAGCCAGCGAUAAGGAAAAGGUUAAAGAAUUACCCACCCUCAAGGACAUGGACUUCCUCAACAAGAAUCAGAAAGUGUAUAUUGGUGAAGAGGAAAAGAAAGUAUUUCUGGAGAAGCUAAAGCGAGAUGUGGAGUUUCUAGUACAGCUGAAGAUAAUGGACUACAGCCUUCUGCUAGGCAUCCACGACAUCAUCCGGGGCUCUGAGCCAGAAGAGGAGGGGCUUCCACGAGAGGAUGACUCAGAAUGGGAUGGGGAUUGUAACCUGGCUGGACCUCCUUCUCUGGUGGGUUCCUAUGGCACCUCUCCUGAGGGUAUCGGAGGCUACAUCCAUUCCCACAGACCACUGGGCCCUGGAGAGUUUGAGUCUUUCAUAGAUGUCUACGCCAUCCGGAGUGCAGAGGGAGCCCCCCAAAAGGAAGUGUAUUUCAUGGGCCUCAUUGACAUCCUGACACAAUAUGAUGCCAAGAAGAAAGCAGCUCAUGCAGCCAAAACUGUCAAGCAUGGGGCAGGAGCAGAGAUUUCUACUGUCCAUCCUGAGCAGUAUGCUAAGCGAUUCCUGGAUUUUAUUACCAACAUCUUUGCCUAAGAGCCCACCUAACCAUGAUGAUUGCUGCUUUAUGGUCAAGGUGGCAGGGUUCUGAGAGGCUUGGGGGAACUGUGGGUAUUAUGGCCGUUACUACUACUUUUUCUCCUCUGCUAAAUUCAGGCUGCAGGCUCCUUCCAUACAGAUAACUCCAUCUUGUUGAAUAGGCUCUUCCUGGCUCUCAGAAAUAUUGUCCUUUCUCUCCUUUUUACUUUUCUGCCUCUCUCCCUCUCCCCACCAUGCCCUCUUGCUUCAUUAGAGUGUUACUACUAACUCUCUCCCAAGUGCCUUGAUCUUUGUAAAAUCUCCUAUUGUUUCUAUAAAAUAGGAGGAGCUGGGGGCAGGGGUUUGUUUGCUAUCUUCAGGACUCCCAGAGGACUGGACAAUGGACCAGCUCAAGCAACUGUUCUGGAUGCUUUGCUGUGUGGGAUGAACUAAGAGUGUUGGAAUGUUGCUGGUGACUUUCUAGAACUCACUGAGUCAUGCCUCCCUCCUGGUAGGCUCUAGGAUGGAGGACUUUGAGGUUACUAAGAUGUGGGUGCAGGCAUGCACACAAAUUGGACCGUUCCACAUAUAUAUAGGUGGGGUAGAGAGUGGUCAGCAGGCUGACACGUCAGAGGAGGGACCUGAGACUACUGUGACGACGCAGGGAAUUGGAAAUGGUCUGUGUCAAGGAUCAACUGACUAUUCUCCCAUCUUGUCUCCCAUCCCACUUCCACCUAGCUGCGCUUCUGGCACAGGAGUCCAGAGAGAGCCAGAAGUGUUUGAGCCUGGGUAAAGGUGCCCGACUACUAUGCUUCCCAGACCCUAGUACCCUUGCUGGGGCUGGAACCUUUCAGUGGGGACAUGGACAGUUUUGGAUGGUGGAAUGAAGGUUCAUUCCCCAUGUUAAAUUUCUUCUUCCUGUCUAGCCAUCCCCAAGAUUAUUUCUGGCAGAAGGGACUAUCCCUACCUGAGUCAGUUCUGGUAAUUUCAAGAGAACAGAGGUCUAGAGUGUGGGAACCUCAUCAUCACCUGGGUGUGCCCACCCAGCACACUUCUUUCCCAAACCCUUUUCCCCUGAACUGUUAUCAUGCUGUUCUCUUCUGUCCCAUCCUCUACUGUUACUGUGUCUCCCAGGGGACAGAUGGCCUUCUUUGUCAUCUUCACUCUCCACCCCCAGAGAGGAGUCAGAGCCAUAACUCAAAUCACCCGGCCCCCCUCCAAAGAUAGCUGAGUUGAUGCAUGAUCUUCUCAGUUGCAGAGGACUCUUGAGAUGAAAUAGAUUGUCCUCUUCUCCUUCCCAAUGCCUUUAGGGCUUAAGAUACCCAUUUUUACUCGCCUCCCCCCAUUCCUCUGAUGCUUCCACGAUUUUUUCCCAUAAAGCUGGCCAGUGGAGAUGCAGUGCUGCUUUGUUUUCUAUCUGGUCAGACUCUCUGGUCUCACAAGACUUCAUGAGGGCCAUAGGAAGAUGCUCUCUCUUCAUCUCUGCUCCAAAGGAAGUAGGAAGAGGGAUCCUGAUCAGUUGGAGCCCCUGCAAUAUCUUCCUGUCAGGGGCCUGCUGGAUCUUUUCUAUUCCCAUCAUCUCCCUUCUCCCCCCUCUCCACCCCAUUGUUGAAUGCAAUAAAGCUCUGUGACACCAGCAGCCAUUUCUCUAGAACCGGGUUCUCUGACCAUGAGGCUAAUAUAUCAUGGGCAGUAUUGUCAACUUCAUUUAUUGUUUCUGUUUUAUUAAUAAAAAAAGAUCUUGUGUAUUU